AAUGGCGGGUGGUUGCAGGGGGUGACAGGUGGUGGUGGGAGGUGUCGAAAAGAGCAAGGAUAAAAUAGUCUAUCAAAAUAAAUUUGGGGCGAUUUUAAGUAAUUUUGGGACGAAAUUUAACAACCUCAUGGAGUCCUUUUCUAGUUUAUCAAUCCUGUUUACCGACCAAUUCAUCGUUAUAGAAGUCCUACCAACAAUCAUAUCCAUUGAAUAAGGACGUGCAAUCUUUUAUCUAAAAAGUUGUUGGAGGAUUUAUUCAUGCACUUGCUCAAGUCAUAAAAUUCAUGAAGAGUGAUCUACCACUUCACAUGCCUUUGUUAAUAUCAAAUAUUUUGUGAUAUUGAAAGAGGUUUUCAAAGAUUCCUUGCCUCUAAAUGGAGGCAUUAGGCUUUGGUUUACAUGUCACGAGAUAUACUUAGUGGACAAACUUCUUUGUCCAUGUCAAGGCUAUAAUUGACUUUAUGUUUUUGGCUUGAUUACCUUACUACAGCUUCACUUUUAGGCUUCCAUGUUUUGCCAAUAAAAUAAGACAAACUUGAUAUACAUGACGUAUUGAUUGAAUAACUACUAUACUAUAAUCGAGAGUCGUCGCUUAGUGGAAAAUUUGUGGGUGCUUUCCAACUAAUCCCAAGAAACCAAGGCGAAAGAAAACCAAAUCAUCAAAUUCAUCUCCAAAAUCUGGCUCAACAAGAUCGUCGUCGCGAUCAUCGAAAUCUCGGUCUGUGCUAGGGGUCAUACAUGUAUUGUGAUAAUAACCCCCCAACCUCUAGAAAAUCAAUGUGUAUAAAAUACCAAAGGUAUAUUAUAAAACAGCUGGAAAAUCUUAAUAAUAUUGACUGGUUUUCUUGAUUUCCACCUUCAAAUUCUCCUCACAUCCUGACUGACUUCCAUUUGAGAAUCAUGCUUCUCCACCACCCUCUCUGAUCCUUCUUCAACCAAACUCCCCUUAACCACACCCUCCCUAUUCCCAAGAGAAAAAGCACCUGAAUAAACCACCUCAAAUUCUUCCUUCUAAUCCACAAAUUUGAGGACUAUACAUUCCAUAAUUAUACCACUCUCUUUCUCUCUUUGUCUUUCUCUGUCUAUCAUUGUUGCUCAAUGCAUCUGAGCUUCAAAAUCAGAAGAAAAGACAAAGAAAGAAGAAAAUAACUUGCUAAGCUUAUUUGGUUUUAAAUCUCCAAAAACAGGCAAAAAAGGAGUUCCUUUUCUUUGUUUGUUCGUUUGUUUGUUUGUUUGUUUGUUUGUUUGUUCCUCUCUUCAAAUUAUUUCUGCAAUGACGACCAAGAUUAGAGGAAUGUGCAAAGGAUCAUUCAAAUACAUCUCACAAAUAUUUGUGGUUAAAGAACGUGAGUUGGAGAUUGGGAAUCCAACAGAUGUAAAACAUGUGGCUCACAUUGGUUGGGAUGGUCCAGAUGGUACAACUCCUAGUUGGAUGAGUGAAUUUGGAACAGGUUCAGAAUUGAAUAUGGGAUCUGUGGGUAGUGUGGGUGGUUCAAGAGAUCAGACAUGGACAUCUCAAGAUGUUACAGAUUUUGAGCGGAGCUUUGGACGACAAACAUCAACUGCUAAAUUGAGCAACUUUCCGCCAACAAAUAUACCAACUAAUCCCAAGAAACCAAGGCGAAAGAAAACCAAAUCAUCAAAUUCAUCUCCAAAAUCUGGCUCAACAAGAUCGUCGUCGCGAUCAUCGAAAUCUCGGUCUGUGCUAGGGGAGAGCGAGGCAGGAGAUAGCAGGCGCAGUAGCGUGAACUUGUAGAUUAUCUUGGAGAUUUUAACAUGAUAUUAAUUGACUUUCAA